AUGGGCUACCCGGACGCCGCUGCCGACGUCAUCGAUAUCGACGACGCGACUGUGACAGCUCUGGCAUCCGAGAGUGAGGAGUCUUCGAAAGAGCGCAUGCGUUGCAGCGAGAAGCUCAAGAUUCUUGAAGACGGGUUGCGAGCGCUCCAGGACGUUCGCGACAUCUCGCCGCUUCCACAGGGUGAAGGUAUGACUUGA